AUGAAAUCUAGUAAAAGACGACUUCAAGCUUUAACCGAGAGCUCAGAUGGACUACCAAACUAUUUAAAAAUGGAAGAUUCAGAAUCAUCAAUUCCACCAGUUUUUAGAUGUCGCCUCCAUGAAUUGUUUUCACAAAUAGAAAAAGAAUUUGAUGUUUUGUACACUGAAAACUUAAACCUACAAGAAAAAAUAGACAUUCUUAGUGAAAAAUUAGAAAGAGAAAGCUAUGUUGGUGAUAGACAGAUUGUGGACUAUGUUGAUUUCGAAACAUCAGGAAAAAACUCUAAAGUUAAAUUAUCUCAGAGUAACUCUCAAAAAGUGAAAACCAGUCACAAACUAAAAGUACAGACUAGCAAGAUUGUGUCUAGUUUCAAAGCUCCUACAUAUAGCUGCCAGCUUAUCAGAGAAUUCACUGGGCAUAAAGACGGUAUUUGGGAUGUAACAACAGCUCGUCCAGGACAGGCAUUGAUUGGAACUGCUUCAGCAGAUCACACAGCAUGUGUUUGGAGUGUCGAAUGGGGUAAGUGUCUACUUCAAUACACCGGCCAUGCUGGGUCCGUGAACUCCAUAAGGUUUCAUCCUACAAGAGACAUAGCCCUCACAAGCAGUGGUGAUAACACCGCACAUGUUUGGCAGGCAGCUGUGAAUUGGGAUCUGCCGCGUGGUCAGUCCUCCGAAGAAGAAUUGGACGGAGGUGGCGAGGAAAGCUUAGGAGAAAGCGAUAGACCAGAAGUAUUAAGAACUCCGCUGACAGAGCUCAGUGGUCAUAUGGGAGUGGUGGUCGCAGCUGAUUGGCUGACAGGAGGCGAUCACGUCAUCACCGCGUCCUGGGAUAGGACGGCCAAUCUGUAUGACGUAGAAACCGGCGACUGCUUGCAAAUAUUGACAGGUCACGACCAUGAACUGACCCAUGCGUCAUCUCACCAUAGCUCCCGCCUCGUGGUGACCGCUUCCCGUGACACCACCUUCAGACUAUGGGAUUUCCGCGAACCAAUACACUCGGUGUCCGUUUUCCAAGGGCAUACUGAGAGCGUCACUUCAGCGGUUUUUACAAGGGAGGAUAAAGUUGUUUCCGGUUCCGACGAUAGAUCUGUCAAGGUGUGGGAUGUUCGCAACAUGCGUUCAGCUCUUGCAACCAUACGUUCAGAUUCAUCAGUGAACCGCGUUGCUGUAAGCUCUGGUGGAUUGAUAGCUAUACCUCACGACAACCGACAGGUGCGACUGUUUGACCUCCAGGGUCAAAGACUGGCUAGGCUGCCGAGGUCGAGCAGACAGGGUCAUCGUCGCAUGGUUACCUCAGUGUCAUGGGUUGAGGACGUUGCUUCCAAUAUGAAUUUCUUCAGCUGUGGCUUUGAUCGUCGCAUACUCGGCUGGUCCAUACAACCAUCUAAGGACAACUGA